AUGUUCCUCUCCACUGACGUCAGCCGCUUGAGCAACUCAGAUGCUGUGGCCGGUGCUGGAUGGUAUGGACACUGGGGUGCAUGGAAGCAGGAGUCUGCCUGUGGCCAUCUCUGCCUUCCCAAGCGUGAAGUUUUUGAUGUAGAAGCUACUGCAGCUACUGAGGGUCUGAAGGCCGCCCUUAAUAAUGCCCAGACACCCUGCACAGAACCUAUAUGUUCUCCUAGAUAA